AAGUACGAAAAGAGGGAAAACACUUUACUAAUAUUAAUAUCUAAAAAAUAGAAACAAGUAUUUUAUCCUCAUUUUAAUACCUAUAUAAGGUUCUAUACAACGUAACAUAUUUAAUUCACUGUUUCGUCAUGCUAAUCAAAUAUUUUUUAAGGGCCAACUUAGCCCUAAUCGAGGGAUGUCAGUUAUUCAUAUGCAAAUGAGAGUUUCCAUUAUAAUUUCCACCUCCACCUGUUUAGUUUAUUUGCGCCUGCAUACGAUUUACAUGCAUGCGAUAAAGUUGAUUAAAUGCAAAGUGGCAAAUGGAAUUUCAUUCCCAUUUUCCCUUCCUCCACCUUGCGCAGGCAAAAUAUUGAAAAACUUGAAGGUAAACAGAACAACAAGCUGGGGGAUCCGCACAAACACAAACAGGAGGCAGAAAAGUCAAGGAGGGAAAAAACCAACACUGGGAGAUUUUGGUAUUUGCUUUGUUUUUAAAUCAGAAGAAGGUAAAGUAUGAGUUAAUAAAAUGAUUACUGAACUAGAAAAUCAGAUGGUUAAACCUAAAAUAAGUCUUUGUACCAAAAGAAAGAGAGAAACAUAAUACAAUCUGAUAUAUAGAAAAUAGAAAUCACACAGAGAACUAUCAUAAACUUGUACAUAGAAAGAAAGACUCAAAAUACUGAAAGGUAUACAGUUUUCUUCCAGUGCCUACGGUUAGCAGCACAUAUUGAAAAAGUUAUGAACAGGAAAUGAAUCGGAAGCUGACAAUAUUCUCCGACGACGAGAAUGGCGGUGAUUCAGCAGUGGGGAAUACGGACAGCAGACCAUUUCCAUUCCAGGCUCUUCUCUCUCGCCCACUGACCACUUUUCCAUUGCUCUGGCUGACUGGUGACAUCGCUGGCAGCCGCCUAAUUGGUCCGUAAUGUUAGUUUAUCAACAACUGUUUUUCUCUCUUGGCCUGCUUUCUGCUGUUCGUUUUUUCUACCAGAGAAUAUAAGCCAUCGAAGGGCGAAUGUGGCAAAGCAGAAGAGCUUGCAAUGGCCGAGGAGAAGCACCGCAUGUUGUACCAAGGUCAGGAUCCCAGUCAGGAUCUUCACAAGCAGCGAUCUUUGUCUUUGUCGCCCUCGGAACCGCCUACCUAUGAUGAUGCCAUGGCCACGCCCUCCAGCUUUGGAGACUCCGCCGAUCGUGGACGCACCUUUUUCGCGGAGCCACAACAUCUAAGAGAUUGCCUGGAUGAGAUGCCCCAUUUGGCGGAUGAGGACAGUUCGCAAAUGUCAGGCUUAGCGGUCAGCAACCAGAUUCCGAGCUUGCCCUCAUCGCCUCCUGUGCGAAAUUUCUUUAUCCUUACCCCUCAACCCAAAUUGGGCAACCAGGCGAUGAUCAUCGUGUGUCCAGCUUGCGGUCAACGGGGGCUAACACGCUUGAAGAGGUCACCCAAUUCUCGGACCAACACAUGGGCCCUCCGGCUGUGCACUUUCGGUUGGUGCUGCUGCGCUUGCUUGUGUCCAUACUUAUGGAACGGCUGCCGGACGACGAAUCAUUACUGCUCCGCCUGCGAGAUCUUCUUGGGUGCACAUUAUCCCACUGGCAAUUGCUGCUGGCGGUAGUCCGGAUAUAGCCUCCAGUAUCGUUGCCGGAAUCCGGCCGCUAAUUGUGAAAGUU